AUGGAAAUUGGCAGUGACAGUGGAACUAGAACUAGACCUUCAACUCCAAGAAACCAAAAAGUACUUGUACAGCGAAAACCUGUCCCCCAAGUCAACGAGGAUGAACUCGUUCCGGUGAUGAAGGUGGAUCAAGAGAGGGGGCAGAUGGUGAAUUCGGAUCCAGGUCGAGAUGAAAUCAGCAUCAGUUCCGCACUGGGCUCUGAUCAGGUUCAGGUUGAACAGUUGGAGGUGGAAGAUGAGGGUGCUACUAGUCCUGUUUUGAGUUUGGAGGCACCUGAAGCUGGCUCGAGCUCCUCUACGAAGCUACCAGAAGCUUCCACAUCAACGGAGACGGAGACUGUGGGGAACACAGAGAUGGAGAGUGAAGAAGAUCGAUUGGUUCGUUUGUUGGAGGAGAAGAAGGAACGGCGGAAGCAGGAGAAGGAAAGAUGGGAACAAGAGGUGGCACGACGCGUACAAGAGCUUCGUCAACGCGAUGAAGAAGCCCGGAGGAUGCGUGCGCUAGAGAAGGCUCGUCGGCAGGAAGAAGAACAACGGAAACGAGAGGACGAGUUACGGCGGAUAGGAGAGGAAUAUCAGCGGCAGUUCGAGAAAGAACGGCGGAAAGAGGAGGAGAGACGGUUACGGGAAGAGAAGAUCAGGCAGAAAGUGGAGGAACUUCGACGGAAAGAGGCGGAAGAGCUACAGCGGAGACGGGAAGCGCGACAGAGGGGUUCGGUUGAAGUUCAACAGGUGGAGAGACAAAAUACAACGCCAGUAGCUCAACAAACCGACCAUGUGCAGAUGAUGUUCGCAUAUCACUCUCGGGCGGUUAGGGAAUGGCGGUACAGCACCCAACAGUAA